CGAAAACUGUAAUAUGGUUGGAGAGUGAUCCGAAACUCCUCGGCCAAGAAUCGCAAUGUCGACGAAUGGCUAUAACCCAUACAACCCCUCCUACCAACAAUCUUCCGCCCAGCAAUAUGCGUCAUAUCAGACUGCGCCCGCUUCGAAUAAUGUCACCCAGUCCGCCCGCCAGUACCAGCAACCACCACCAACGACGCAAGCCCAACAAUACAUGCCCUACCCAACACAGUCAUAUACAACCCAAAACAGUGGAUAUGGAACUGGCGUCACAUGGAACAACGGCGCAUAUGGUGCAACUCGCGAGAUAACAAACCGGGCUGCCGAGGUUCUGCACAAUAUGAGUAACCCCUCGUAUGCACUCAGCACCACCUCUGCGACCACCUUCACCACCAACACUAGCACGUCGUCGCAUCCCGCUCACUAUGCCAGUUCCAAUGCCCCGCAAGUCCUAGCGCAGCAGAGUCAUUCUGUUUAUGGACAAUCGCAAGCACACCCACAGAGCGUUAACAAUAAUCGCGCUCUACCGUCUCCGGUCACAGCAUCAAAGAGCUAUCUGCACGCAACGCAGCCAAUGCAUAACCGGCAACAGCAGCAGCGCUCUACCAGCUCAGCUCAGCCUCAAUACACUACCGCGCAAGCCAACAAUGCGCGGACCGUAACCAUGAUGGCUACAACAAAUCAGCAGUACGGCGGUUAUGGUAGCCAGCAGAUUGCUAGCGUCGAGUCCUCGCGUGGCUCACAAAAUCACACACCGUCAAACGUCAAUAAUUACGACACUGCGCCAAUGCCCCCAGCUGCACCUUCUGCACCCACUGUCAGCAUGGCAGAUACAUACCAUACACAGGGUACUACUACCGUAGAUCCACUGGCAGUGUACGACCCAUGGCCUGAAUACCAGCGAAAACAGGCAGCAAGGAAGGCGAUGGAGGACGUGGCACGCGCUGAAGAGGAAAGGAUUGCAGCGGAGAAGCGCCAAACAGAAGAGGAGCGCAGACGACAAGAAGAGAGAGAAAGCUUGCGACAACCACAGCCAAAAUCCAAUGCGAACCAGAGUCAAAAGGAGCAGCAGUCAAACAUAGCCGAAGUGGCUGCUGCACUUCCGGCUGACGAAGAUAGUCCCAGUGAUGCGUUGGAAGCCGAGAUUCGUGCAAUGAUGGCGAAAAUGCGUGAACUCAAUAGCAAAGACCCAAGUCUCCUUGCGCGCAUCUGGGAAGAGGAACGUAGAACAAAACCAAAAUCACAGACGGCACAAAGCAAGCCUACGCCUCCAGCUGCUGCACCUCCAGCUGCUGCAGCCAAGUCUACACAACCUGCUCAUGCUAGUACUCCGCAGCCUGCAAACUCGAAGGAGAACAUCUCACAUAGAGAAGCGGCGAACACAAAUGUAUCUAAGCCGGCGACUCCCGUGGUCGCUCAUGCUGAACCGGUCAGGCGAACCCAGACGCCGGCCAGUCGACCCGCCGGCAACACUGUCUGGCCAGCAGAGAAGAAGGCACAUCUAGCAAAAGCAGCUGCAGCAUAUCUCAAUGACUACAACACGUUUCGCAAAAUCCAACCCUCUCGCAUAAUAAGUCUGCUCAAUGACAACCCUUCUUAUAUCCAGCUGUGUGAGCAGCUUGAGCAGAUGGAUUUUAAACUAGAUCGCGCAGCCUUUGCUAAAUGCUUGCUUACAGCUGUGCCAGACGUAAACUCAAAAUCCCGUCAAUCUUUGCCUCAACCACCAGCUCCUGUGCAGACACCGCCUGUCCCACCUGCCGUAAUGAAGAAGGUCAUUUCAGCUUCCGUCGUACCUAGCCCACAAGACGCGCCAGCUUCAGGUCCACCAGCAAGUGCAGAACAGUACACGCCAUUUCCAAAUGACGACUCACCGGCAGGUCCUCCAGCACAUACGCCUGCACCUGCAUCUGCACCAGUCGCCGAGAUGAUGCCCAUCAAGCCUGAGUUGAGGAAGCCUGCUAAUAAAGAAGAGGCUGCCCGAAAGCGCAACCUGAGCGACCUUGUUGAUUUAACGCAACUUUCAGAAGACGAGGAUAUGGGUCCACCACCCAAGAGGAUGAAUACUGGUGUCAUGCAUAUACCUGAUCCUCAGGGUACAACGGAUGGCGACAAGCAACUGUCGACUUCUAUCACCAACGGGCCACCGCAGUCUUUUAUACAACAAUUACCAUCGCUACCUAAUAGUCUUGAAUACACUACUUAUGUUAAGCCACUAGAUCGGAACAAGGCACUACGUCGCAAUACUUACAAUCCUGCAACAAUUGCACGCGAUGUCUUGAUCGCUUGUGGAAGACACCCGUCGCAGCGUAAUCUAAACCAGCAUUUAGACCAGCUAAGAACAAGCUUGCCUAACGUCACGAUGGAGUCAGACCUUAGUACUAUUAGGUGGGAUCUGAUCGAUCCUGGCAACCCACCUCCGGACUACUUCAAGGAGAGAGUCGAAGAUCUCACGCAAGAUGCAGAUGAGGAGGAUUCGGGUGAUGAUGAGAGACUGCGUCCCCGCUCUCCGUCGAACGCGAUUGGUGGUGAUGGUGGG